AUGGCGUAUUAUCAACGAUACAACGAUUACUCAUUAAACGUUGACAAUCCAAAUAUAACAACAAAUUAUCAUUCAUCGUGUCCAUCUUGGUUUUCAAAUGAUCAAGGGUGGCGAAUAAUCGAAAAUGAGCGAUCUUCACCACCAUUAUCAUCUACAUCUCCGAUGACAUAUCAGGAUAUACAUGAUAAUCCAAACAAUCCCGCUUAUCGUUUACAUUCCGAUUUAACUUGUAAUACAGCCUAUUUCAUUCCCUAUUCUACUGACAAUGUAUCAACUCUAUCUCAUUUGAAUCGAACAUUAUCAACCGAUUAUGCUCUAAGUAGUUCGGAUUCAUCCGCAUCAACAAUUACUACAAUGCGCACUAGUACAAUGAGUUCAAAACGAAAACGUAAACGAAUAUUAAAUGGUGUUCAACGACAAGAAGCCACACAACGUGAGAAACGAAGAAUGUUCAAAUUAAAUAAAGCAUUUGAAGAUCUUCGAAAAGUAUUACCCGUAAGUGAAUUUGCACGUAGUAAAUUCUCUCGUGCAGAAACAUUAAAAUCUGCAAUUGAUUAUAUUAAUCUGAUGACAGACAUGCUACAAACAAAUUCAAUAGAAGGAGACCAUCUAUAA